ACACUCUCUCUCUCUUCUCUUCUCUUCUCUCGUGAUGCUUUACCAACUCUUCCAAGAGUUCCAAUCUGUACAAUAUAUGUAGAAAGAUCAAUACUUGUUCUUCUUCCUUUGAUCAAACUACAUUCAUUGAUAACAAUUCAUGGAAAUGGCCACCAUUUCAUCAAGUCCAAGAACUGUAGAAGACAUCUUCAAAGAUUACAGCGGUCGACGAGCUGGAAUUGUUCGUGCUUUAACCUACGAUGUCGACGACUUCUAUGCUCUCUGCGAUCCAGACAAGGAGAACUUGUGUCUGUAUGGUCAUUCAAAUGAGAACUGGGAAGUUGCACUUCCAGCAGAAGAAGUUCCACCUGAGCUUCCAGAGCCUGCAUUAGGGAUAAAUUUUGCUAGAGAUGGUAUGAGUCGUAGAGAUUGGCUUUCUCUUGUUGCGGUUCACAGUGAUUGUUGGUUGCUUUCUGUCGCGUUCUAUCUUGGAGCCCGUCUUAACUGGAAUGAAAGGAAGCGCUUAUUCAGCUUGAUCAAUGAACUACCCACUGUUUUCGAAGUAGUGACUGAAAGAAAACCUUUGAAAGAAAAGCCUAGUGCUGAUAGUGGUAGCAAAUCCAGGGGUAGCACAAAGAGAACCAGUGAUGGGCAAGCUAAAAGCAAUGCGAAGCUGGCAGAUGAGAACUAUGAAGAGGAUGAAGAUGAACACAGCGAUACACUCUGUGGGAGUUGUGGUGGAAAUUAUAACGCGGAUGAGUUUUGGAUUGGUUGUGAUGUCUGCGAGGGAUGGUACCAUGGAAAGUGUGUGAAGAUUACUCCGGCUAAAGCAGAGAGUAUUAAGCAAUACAAGUGCCCGUCUUGCAGCAUGAAGAGAGGCAGACAAUAAGAGAAGAAACCAAGUGACAGACAAAUUGGUAGAGCCUGACUAAAUAUAGUAUACAGAAGAGAUAUCACUUUCCUGAUACACUUGUAAUGGAGUUGUUAUUAUUAUUAUUAUUAUUAUUAUGAUUGUUUACUUAUAGUUAUUGGUUACACUGAGCCGGAUGCAACCCACAUUUCUCCCUUUCUAAGUAUGAUUUUGUAAUAAUUAAUAAUGUAUUUAAGCUAUCUUAAUUAAAAUAUUGUUAUGUUUGAUGAUA